AUGAACAGAACAUUAACAGAGUCAAAUGAUGAGACAAGGAAAGUAACGAAGGUGAUUUUUACCUUUACGGCGUCCUUGGCACUUGUUGGAAACUUUCUUGUCUUGCUUCUGUUUGCUCAUUUUCCAUCAUGGCUCAAAAAGAAACACUAUCAAUGUAUUUUAAACCUAGCAAUAACAGACAUCCUUACCGCCAUAUCUCUGCUGGUGGUUCCAAAGUUUAUACAGGAUGAGGAUGUUUAUACAGUUCCAUUGGAAAACUUUCCCCGUGAAUUCUAUUGUCGCAUUGUUUGGUCACAUUUUAUUCCCUUCUCGUUGGGAAUUACAUCAGUUUAUACUUGCCUAGUUCUCGCAAUAGAAAGAUGGUUUGCAGUGUUUCGUCCUGUUAUUUACAAACAAAAAUUCGGGAUGAGGACGAUGCAAGCCUUAAUACUCUGCACUUGGAUUGCAGGAAUAGCGUUUGAAUCUCCUAUAAUCCCACGUGUGGAAGGUUAUCAGGAUCCUAACACGACAACAGCAAAGUGCAAAUGGACAGUGGAAACAAAUCAACAACAAUCAUGGGCCUUAGCCAUCGUGUUGUUUGCUGGACAAACAUUUAUUCCUUGCAGUUUUAUUGUCUUGGCUUAUUGUCAUAUUUUUAAAAGGUACCUUACAAAUCCAACACACAUUGAUUCCAUUAAUGUCCAGUUGUGUCCUUUACCAAAAUGUACAGUUGUUGUUGUCCUGGGGUGCGAAUUUUUUUAUUCGGCUCCAUUUGGCCAGCCCAAACGUAUCCCUCACCACUUACUUUAAAACUAGCAUAAGUUAGCUGAGUGGGAUUGUGGUGUCUUAUCCCUUUUUAUAUCCUUGGUUGUUUGUCAUUUUACUAUGGUAGAACUUGUCUUCCCUGGUAAAGAAUUGCAAACAAACGGAUACUUUGUUGAAAGACGCUGAAAAUUGAAAUGCACUUGACGCAUUCAAUGUGUGCAAAUAUUUGAUGGGGAAAAUACCCUGAAAUCCAGCGCAGUGGUUUCGGUACUUAGUGAAAAAUCACGCCAAUAGAAAAUUUGGGAUCAACUUGUCCAUCUUGUUUAUUCCCGAUUGGUGCCACCGUCAAACUUCGAAAUACAUGCAUGCACUGUAAUGGCACAUAUAAAAAGUUUGGCAAAUCCUUUAAGAUUUACUAUGUUCUCUUUUUAGAUUAAAGAACGAAAGAGUGUACCCUGCAGUCUUUACCAGGAGAACAAACUCUUCGGCACGCAGUUCAUCAAAACAGGCGUUGAAACGAGCGACAAUGAUGAUGGCGGUUGCAUCGUUAACUCUCAUCAUCUGUUGGCUGCCAAAUCAAGUGUACUUCUUGCUUGCUCAGCUGGGUUAUUUCGAGAUCAAACCAAGUAUUCCUGUCAGAGUCAUGGGUGUCCUCGUGUUUUCCAAUUCUUGGAUAAAUCCUAUAAUUUAUGCUUUUACGAAUAAAAAUUUCCGCAAAGGUUAUCAAACUAUAUUCAGCCUCUGGUAA